GACACAGCCACAUCCUCUCUACCCCCGGGCUCUUCCUCGCUCAUGCCCGCUCAUUAAAUUCGGACUUCCACAUCCCAUGACUUCGAGGUCCUCCUUUAAUCCCACCGAGACGAUUGCCCUGCAAUCGCCCACCUACUCUGUGGACUAUUCCCCCAAGCUCGGGCCUUCGAGAGACCCCGAGGCUCCCACGAAACGCUGGUAUCACUAUGUCCCGUUAUGCUGUGCAAUACUGCUCAUCACCGCUCCGCUGCCAUCGUGGUUGUAUGUACUCGUGAACUAUCACCUCCAGACCCUGCACCGACCCGACCUGGUCGUCAUCCAUGUCCUCGCCACGUCCACGCUCCUGUUCAUGAUCUUCUCCGCGCUCAUCGUGUGCGUCGCCCGGGAUCCGGGCCCCGUCACCUUCGAGCUACAAGAGGACGAGAGCAUGGAGUCGCUCAUCAAUUCACGCGACGAGUUUUCCGGCCCGGGGAAGUGGUGUCGCAAGUGCUGGGGCCCGAAACCAGAGCGUACCCACCACUGUAGCAUUUGCGGCCGAUGUGUGCUGAAAAUGGAUCAUCAUUGUCCAUGGCUCGGUGGAAAGUGCAUCGGCCACCGGACCUACCCCGCAUUCUUGCAUUUCCUUCUCUGUAUCACGCUUAUUGGUUCGUACAUGAGUGUCGUCUGCGCUUUCACCGCGUGGCACUCUAUCAGCAAUCCAUAUGCUGUGGACGAUGUAAUGCCCCUUCACGCCUUAUUUGUCGCGCUCUAUGCGCUCGUGUUCGCCCUUGUGAUUGGCUCGUUCUACUUUUAUCAUCUGUACCUCAUAAUUAUCAACCAAACAACCAUCGAGAACCUCUCGCCGUUCUUGAUACUCCGAGAUCUCCCGCCUCUGCCGGGCACCGGCCACGACCUGUCGGAUCCACCAUUGGAGCCGGAGCUGUCGCGGGCGCAGCGGUUCAUCGUGCGCAACGCGCACGGAUACAUCCACCUCUACGAUAUCGGGUGGAGGAACAAUCUGUGGCAGGUUUUCGGCUGGAACCGGCCGUAUGGCUGGGUCAUCCGGCUGUGGUGUGGGGGCUCUGCGUACGUGACCCGCGCGACAUACUGUAGACCUUUGCUGGCUUCUGACACGCGCAUGCAUGCAGCCCCGGCGACGGAAGGAGUUUCCCGCGGAAUCCGAAAUCGGAAGAGCUUCUCGGACGUCUGGCAACGGAGUUGGUCAAGGCGGGCGACCAUCGGUGAGCCCGGGAUCUACGGACUUAUAUAAGCUACUUCCCCUACUUAUUCGUAUGUUUAUAAUUGCCCCCCCUGGUGUUGUUGUAAGCAGCUAACUAACAUCGAGAUCGAUGCCUACAUGCCGGGGUCACGAUGUUUUGCGUCCACGUGCCCUCAGGUCCAGCGACUUGCGAGCUGACAUUUCACCGAACGGGACCUACUCAGGCGGUACUCAGCCCUAAGGCUCCGAGGCGUACAAUAGCUCCGACCCCUGCUGUCCUACGGCACAUCCUGCUCUGCCUUGAUCAGCGGCGUAACCAUCUCCAACGAAGCUCGCCAGUGGACCCAAGACGGGAAUUGCUGAUGCGUAUGACGCGCCCACAGCUUUGAUAGUGAUGGACGGUUGCGCAUAUAACAGUCGCACAACCAGUGUUGUUCCCCUGCUUCGUUCUCUUCAUCUUCUCGCCCCCCUCUUGAUUAUCUCUUCUCAGUCGACUAGUUAUGUUUCUUGCAACGUCUUCCAAGGUUUUGGCAUUGACUGCCAUCUCCCAACGUUCGUUGUUGCCGUCUUUUCGAUGAGAGGUCUUUGCUGAGGGUACCGGGUGUCCAGUCGCUUUUGUCGCAGCUGCUCCUGCACUUGUCACUGUCGUGGCCAACCCAUUCGCCAUCGCGUCUGAUCUUACGGGGCCGGUGUCUGCUUCCAUCGGCGGCGUCGACUCGGCGGGACACACGACUUAUCUAUACGCUGAACCGGUCCUCGAAGGCCUCUCGGGAUCGGCGUCGAGCACUAUCGGCAGUGUAACCCGUAUGUACCGGUCCAGUCUACCCGAUCGAGCCCAAGUAUUAACAAUUUGGGUGCCAUGCUUGAAUCAGAAACACUCGUCGAGGGAACAGACUACCUCUCGUACGGUCUCUCCGCCAGCGUCCCGGGCCUUGACAUCGCCAUCUCGUUCGACGGCGCGCUGAGCGGCGACAACUUCAUCGUCUCGGGCACCGACUCGGCGGGCGCGGCGACCACGACGACUGUCUCGAAUGUGGGAUUCAUGACGCUCGACGUGCCGGCGCUUCCCGCGGCGACGGCCAGUGCGCCCGCGCCCACGCAGUCGCAUAAAAGCGCGGCUGCGCGUGUCCACCCGGCUCUUGGUGUGGGCAUGGCUGUGAUGGGCGUCUUCGCUGGGGCCUGCGCGUUGGUCUGAGGUUCGGAUUUGAGGUAGCGGUGUUGUAAAUAUGUAUCGCUGCUCAGUUGUAGUCCGGGCGGGCUUGUUCCUGUGCUCUCAAUGUAUGACAAUGGCAGAGUCGAUAUAGAUCGCGCGUGCGCGUGAUCACCAAGUCGACAGUGCGUGCGUUUGGCAUCAUAGAUUUGGAUCCUGUUUGGCUUCAUCAAAGUCACUUCUCCCUUUCUCGCACAACGCAACCCCCCCCCCCCCCCC